AGCAAAAGAAGUGAAGUAUCUACUUUUCUGCUUGUUGUCGUUGUAUUGUGCAAAAAUUUUGUGUGUUUUGUUGCAUUUCUCUGAAUAUAAUUUAGCAAUAAAAGUUGGAAUAAUAUUAUAAUUUUUAACAAUAAUAAAGUUAAAAUAUUAUGUAAUUCUUGAUUUAAUUGUUUAGAAGUUAAAAUGUCUGAAAAGCCACCGAUUUUGCAUAUUUUAGUUGUUGGAUUCCACCACAAACUCGGAUGUCAGGUUGAGUUUUCGUAUCCUCCUCUAAUUGUUGACACGGAAGGCAAGAAUGAAUGCCCAUCAGGUUGGAAAUACCUACCAACGCUUGCAUUGCCAGAUGGCUCACAUAAUUAUCUCGAGGACACUGUGUUCUUCAAUCUACCAAGCUUAUUGGAUCCAACUGAAAGUAUAUUUGGAGUCUCUUGUUACAGGCAAAUACCAGUUGAGAAAUUGAAAAUUCGUACUGCAGAUGUUACCAGAAGUACGGUUCAAAAAUCAGUCUGUAUUUUGUCACGCCUCCCCAUCUACGGAUACAUUGAAGUCAAACUCUCUCUCAUCGCUGAUGCAUUUUUCGACCAAGGUGACUUCUCAUGUACUGAUAUUCUAGUCAAAGCCUACAACCAACUAAAUGCUUGCCUUGUUGAAGAACCACGGGCACUACGGCAUUUUUAUGUUGGCAUUUCAUUGCGAGAAAUUGUUCUUAAAUGGCGACAUAAGACGUUGAUAUUGUUCAAGUUGUUUUUAUUGCAACGUCGUGUUGUAUUUUUUGCUUCGCCCGUUCGUGGAAUGUGUUGUUUAAUUUUGGGAAUAUCAUCUCUAAUACCAAGAUUAUUGGAAAAAGGAUUUCAAGAGGUCGCCUGUGUUCGCACAUCGCGUCCAAUGUCACCAAUGCCAGAUUUUUCAAACACCCAAGCAAGUGAUGAUGAGAAUGUUAAAGUAGAAAACGAUUUAAUAGAACCACCAACACCAAAAAUUAAAGACGAGAAUGGUUGUGCUAUAAAUCAUCCUACAAAUGAGAAGCUAGGAGAAAUUAGUGAGAGCAUUUCAUCUUCUUCAUCUCCUGUAAAGAGCAGUCCUGAAUCAAAUCGAGAAUUUGUGAGGACUGAUUCCAAUGGCGCCGAAGUUGGAAAAAGAAUAGACAGAAGUAAUUCAUUGACACGCGAGACUAGUAUGGAUACCUUAGAAUCCAAUAUGUCUGCGAUGUCAUCAAUUAAUCCGGAUGAGUAUCGUUCACCUAUAACAAUCUUUGCGAGUGGUAAUCUUUGCUUGCCAUAUCUGUCAUUGCCAUACAUGGAUCUUCUAUCAGAUCCAUCUGUUCUUAGUUAUGUCAUUGGAACUUCAAAUGUUCUUUUUCAACAAAAGCGCAAUUUGGCUGAUAUCCAAGUUGAUGUUGAAAAUUGCACAAUAGAAGCUCAUGACCCAGAUCUUAGAAAACAAUUAUCUCUAACCACUGAAGAUCUACGUUUUAUGGAAUAUUUAAUGCGUCAUGUGCAAAAUCCCAAAGAAGAUGCUCAAGGCAGUGAGUUCUGGAUACGAGAACAGUUCCAGGGCUACAUGCUAUCUCUACUUCGUACGGCUGUUGUUCAAGAUAGCCCCAAAGAUUGUGAUCACUUCAAUAGUAAUUUUAUGUCAACAUUCAAAAGAACUCAAUGUUUCCAAGAGUGGUACGAUGUACGACCAGAACCGAGUUUCUUUGAAAAUCUCCCUUCUGGUCAUCUGUUUGCUGGAACGUUAUCUUACAAUGACAUGAGGAACAAAAUUGCCCAUUCUAUGCAAAAUAGUGAAAGCGGCCGAAAAAUAAAUCUCGCUGUUACAUCAACAAGUAAAGCAGUUGGUGGAGCAAUCUCACAAGCAAAGGGUGCGUUAUCCAAUUGGUGGUCUUCGGUGACAACAGCUCCCCCAUCAACAACACCCGCAAAUCCACCACAAAAUUCGGCAAUAUUUCAUACUGAUGGUUCUGACGCUGAAACCAAUGAUGCGGACAGUGAAGAAGCUAAUUCCCCAAAUAAAAAGAAACCUGAAAUCAUCAGCAAUAUACCAGAAAAUUUGGUCACCGAAAAGUUAGAAAAGUUAGACAGUGCUGAAGAAAGUGUAGAAGAUGAAACGCAAAAGCGGGCUGAAGGCAUUGUUGAGAUUGCCAAAGAAGCUGAACUGCUUGAUGCGAAUAGCAGCAUUAGUUCGAAUAGUAAUAAUAAUAGCGGAACAAGAAAAAAUGGAGAAGUAUUUGUGGUAUAAUUAUAAUUAAAUAUUCUGGUGUUGUCUGUUUCGCCUUAAGAGUCACGACAAAAAAGUGCAACAAAGGAGUGAAUACAAGAAUAAAAUUGCUCAGAUUUAUUACAAGUUUCAAACUACUUUGUUGCAUUAGUUUGUCAUUAUGACUUUGUAAUUGCCACUUUAGUAAGUCAAACGUCUAGAUUAUUAUUUGUAAUAAACAGUUUAUUUUUAUUGCAAAUCUAUUAUUUUAUAACGAAUACGAUGCAUAAAUACAAACUCAAAUCUGGGAAAUGCAAUAAAAAACAAAAUAGAAUAUAUCGGCAAUAAUAAUACAUUAUAGUAAUAGUAACCAUCACUCUUUGGAUCAUUUAGGAUUGUUGAUCUAUCUAAACACAUGAUAAAACCUUUAUUUUGCUCAUUUUCACUAUGUUACAAGUUAAAUUGUCUACAAAAUAUUUUUAAUCUUCUUGUUAUUUGCCCAUAGACUAAGAACUCACACCAAUUUUUGGUUGUGAUUGGAUAGCAUAAAAUGAAUAUGUUAUUUUUGGAAAGAUCUUUUAAUUGCAAUAAAAAAAUGUGUAAGCCUUUCAGUCUCUAGAUGGGGCAUUUGGAGGAUAUUUGAAUUUUAAGUGCAUCAUACAUACAAUUUAAGGUACAUUCCAAAAAAAAAAAAAAACAAUAAUCUUAUGCUACCACUCGUACCCAAAA